AUGCAGACGUUGAUGCAGCGUAUGAUUAACGCAUAUUCACUGUCUCAGUACCCUGCACACUGGGCCCUGCCGUCUCAGAUAUCGGACGGUAUAGCGACCGGUAAGAGGCGAUCAAAUCUCAGGUUGCCCAGGACGUCAUUGAUUCUGGACCAAGACGACAUACGCACGACUCGCCAUGGAGACUGUCUCAAACUGUGUACUUACAACGCGAGAACAGUUUCCACAGACGCUGACCCGCAUGCCCUUCUCGGAGCUGCAGAGCGUAUCAAAUUUCACCUGAUUGGUCUUCAGGAGACCAAGUGCAGAAGGAGCGACGUACGACAGAUGAAUGAUGGUACACUCGUCAUUCGUGGAGAGAAGAUUCCGUCGCGAAAUGUAGGCGGUGUUGGUUUUGCUGUGCACUCAUCUGUCGUCCACCUCGUCGAUUCUCACAAGAUCCUGUCACCUCGUCUGGCCAUUCUUCGCCUCCGCCCUCCGCGCCAAAAAUCCAUCAGUAUCAUCAACUGCUACUCACCAACAUCAGCAGCUGAUGAAUCCGAAUUGGGCGCAUUUUACGAGGAGCUGGAAGAAGUAGUCCGCAACGAGAAGUCCUUCUACAAAUUCGUUGUCGGAGACUUCAACGCAAAAGUAGAAAAGGCCACAGAAGAGGAAUGCAGGAUUGGAAGAUUUGAACUAGGGGACCGGAAUGAAAACGGCAAUCGUCUCGCCGGACUGUUGUCCGCCGCUCGCCUCUUUCAUGGAAACUCUCUUUUCAUAAAAAAAAAGAUCAUCGUCGGUGGACAUGGGAAUCGCCCAAUGGCGCGACUAGUGCGGAGAUCGACCACAUACUCACCAACCGGAGGUGGUGUCUACUUGACGUCUCAGUGGUAUCAUCCUUUUGUAUUGGUUCUGAUAACCCUCUCCUUCGUGCGAAAAUGCGACUUAGCCACCCGAUGGAAAAGAACAUCUGCUAUCGGCAACGAAGGUGACUGGCACAUCGAGGAGGACCGUGGACUACGAGAUGCUGCUCAGAGGGAGCCUGUGCUGAACGAGGAUUUUUUGAAGUACAGGCAGAAGAAGAUUCUGGAAGCAGCACAAAGAAGAACGAGUCUAAAGAAGCGCCACAGGGAUCUCCGCAAAUAUAAUAUUCCGCUAGCAACCUUGCUGAGCGAAGACGGGACUCGCACGUCUUCUCGUCGUGAGAUGGAAAUCAUUACGGAGAGGUUCUACUCAAACCUUUUCCUUUCAUCAACUCCUGUGUCAAGCUCGAUCAUCCCCACUGAUGAAGCUCCACCACGGAUUCUCUCUUCGGAAGUACGAGUCGCUAUCAAGAGCAUGAAACCUGGCAGAGCCCCCAGAUUUUAUAUCAGCAGACUUUCUUCGGGCUGGCGGCUAUCCGCUUCAUGUAAUCUUAGCAGCGCACAUGACAUCCUACCUUCAGAAAGAAAGGAUCCCAGACCAGUGGAAGAUCUCGUGAACCAUUCUUAUCCAUAA